AUGCCCACUCAACCCACCCCCGAAAAAAGCAAAGAAACCCUCGAAGCCAAAUCCGCCUUCAGCGCAACGCUGCUCAACAUCGGCGGCACACAUGCUUCCCCGCUCGUGGAGCGCGCGCACACCAUCACAGAGAACGCCUCCGCGCUGGAGAAGCAGCAAGCGGAGCUAGAAUCACAUACAGCUGCACUGGCGAAGCAGAAUGAGAGCUGGGAUAAGUUGGCGGGGGAGGCGAGGGACGGGUUGAAAGAAAUUGGGGAUGUGCAGAAUUGGGCGGAGGUGGUGGAGAGGGAGUUGUUGGUUUUGGAGCAGACGUUGCAGUAUGUUGAGGGGAGUGAUGAUAGGGAUCAUGGUGAUGAAAUUGAUGAUGAUGAUGAGGAUGUUAAUGGUGGGGAUGGGCUGAAUGGUAGUAUUACUAGGAAUGGGACUGGGAAGGGGAAGGGGAGUACUAAUAGUACUGAUAGUACUUCUGCUGUUGAGGAUGGAGGAGGUACUACUACUACUACCACUGGAAAUGGAAGUGGAGGAUCAUCGUGGUUUAAGUGGUGGACAGCGUGUGAAAUCCUCUUCGCUUACAGAGUACUUGAUACAGUCUUUAUCACCUUUGUGGAAGGAUAUCAGGAUGUCUUAUCCGCACUACUAUUUCACAUGCUAUAG